ACCUCCUAAACACACGGGCGAGUGAGGCGAGUCAUCGUGAUCGUGUCGUGGUCGUUGAGUUGUCAAGGCAUCUUUCAGAGGAAAAUUAAUAUUUUCCUCAGGUGUUGAUUCUUUAGAGACAAAUAUUGUUAUCAAAAUGCCGGGAGGAGGAGCAUUAUUUGGGAAUUCGAGCUCGCGCUCUCAGAAUAAAAAUUUGGUGGAGUUUAAAGCCGGUAAAAUGACAAUGAAGGGUAAGAUGGUUCAUCCAGACAAGAGGAAGGGUUUGCUUUACGUUUACCAGUCUGAAGACUCGCUUAUGCACUUCUGUUGGAAGGAUCGGCAAUCUGGAACCAUUGAAGAUGAUUUGAUUAUCUUUCCGGAUGAUUGUGAAUUCAAACGUGUGAAUCAGUGUACUACUGGACGUGUCUAUGUUUUGAAAUUCAAGUCAUCCAACAAGAAGUUCUUCUUCUGGGUUCAGGAACCUAAGACUGAGAAAGACGAUGACAACUGCCGCAAACUGAAUGAUGUGCUUAACAACCCUCCCACUCCUGGCUCAAAUCGAAGUGGAGGAGGCACUCCAGAUGGAGACCUGCAAAAUCUUCUCAGCAACAUGUCUCAACAACAGCUUGUUCAGUUGUUUGGGGGCGUUGGUCAAAUGGGAGGACUGUCAAGUAUUCUUAGUACCAUGAAUGCACCGAGGUCAUCUUCAUCCUCUUCAGGCAACAAGAACAGUAGCAGCAGUGGUAGUGGCAGCGGCAGUGGCUCAUCUAGCACUCCUGCUGCAGCUGCUGUUGCUGCUGCCGCUGAAGCUACAGGCAGCACGACGACUGCUGCCACCACAGGUACAAGUGGAUCAAGUGUUACGACCACUCCGGUCUCAUCACGCACCAGUUCGUCGAAGCCUGCUGCUUCUAACAGAAAUAUUAAUGAACAAGUGACUCAAAAUCCCAUCCAGCUGAAUGACUUGCGCAAUUUCCUGUCGUCUCUUAGUCCUUAUCCUGAAGGUGAUCAGCGCCAAGCAGUGGAUUUAGCAGCUGGCUUAAACACAGAGAGUAUCCAACCAUUAUUGAGCAAUCCUGCUGUUGUUCGUGAGUUGCAGCAGCAUUUGCCAUCACCCAUUGAGGACUCUGGUGAUCCCCAGGAAAGAUUAAGACUGACUCUUACUUCACCUCAGUUUCAGCAGGCUUUGAGCAGUUUCUCUGAUGCCCUCCAGUCUGGUCAAAUUGGUCAUGUUAUCAACCAAUUUGAUGUAGAUGGUGAUGCAGUCUCAGCUGCCAACCGUGGUAACAUGGAAGAUUUUGUCCGUGCCCUUCAGCGAACCAGCAUUGGUUCCCCAAGCACUCCCUCUGCAGGAGGAUCCUCUGGUGCCACAGAUGCUAGCCCUGGCGAAGUUACUCAACCAGAAAAGAAAAAAAAGAUGGAUGAUUCUAAAACUCCUGAUAAGAAAAAGGAUGAUGAUGAUGAGGGCAUGUCUAUGGAUUAAUUAUGAAAGCCUGUUGUGAAACUUUUUAACUUUUUUUGCUACAUUGCUAACUAAUACAAUAAUUUUAGUCAGAUGAAACACUUUCACUCAUCAGAUAUCAAUGCCUCUGGAAGGAAUGGUGUACUAUUUACUGUGGGAAGGUUUGCAUUUACAUGGACUGACUGGUAGUCAUUGGCAAUGUAGUAGCUGAAAAAAGAUUAACCCAGGUUUAUAUUUUAAUCAUAAGUUUGAUUAUGAAGACAUUUAUAUUGUUCAUUUUGGAGAUGGUCUGAAAAUCCUUCUAUAUGUAUGUAGAUUUGUAUUUUCUAAAGAAAUAAACAAGGGACAUAUUCAA